UAGAUUAUUUUAACAAUGCAUGUCUCUUGGUAGUAUUAUUAAUCUUCCUUGACAAAAUUCAGUGAAUUCAUUUUUUCAUACAAAUUAAAUGAAUCCUUUGUCAACAAAUGCAUUCAACUUUUGAAUUACACUAAUUAGUGAUUUUGAUAUUUAUAUCCUUUGUAUAAAAGUUUCUUCAUAAUAUAGUACAGUAUCAUUUAAAUAAAGAUAGAACAAAAGCAAAAGGUAAAGCUUACAAAAACAAAGAGUCCACAGCAAAGAAGAAGAAGCAGUAGCUCUCCCCCUUUCCAAUAAAUUAGGGUUUUUUUCGAUCGAAUUGGCGACAAGCAAGAUCAUUUUCUUCCGACAACAGUCCAGAUUUGACUCUCCGAGUUUCGAAACAAAGACAAUGUGGGGUUCGUUGAUCAAUAACAUUUUGUCUUUUUGAAAGCUAAAGAGGUGUGUUAAGCUAAAGGACAAGGAACAUAUCCGAAUCCAUAUAUGUUUUUUGCGAAACGUAUCUCAUAGUUUAUGUAGUUGGAGAGGUGUUUAAGCUUUGAUUUGGAGAGUCCUCAGACAUAUAUAGAAGCUAAGCUGUUGUGAGCUUCAGAUGGGUUCGCUCUGUUGUGUGGCUGCGAAGUCAGACAGAUCAAACUCUCCAAGUCAUGACUUUUCCUUUGGCCCUCAUGAGCCUUACUGGAGGACUAACUCAAGUUUCUCUCCACCUUCAUCGAGAUGGGAUCUCCAUGGUUUAACCGAUGGUGUUAGCUUCUAUGGAUCUUCCACAUCAUCAAACGCUAACGUUCUUCGUAGUCCCGACCUUUCUCAGACUCGUCAUUGGACACCCAGUGACUUUGAAUCUGCAACAAGAAGAGAUCAAACUCCUAAGCGAUUUUUCCUGUCUAAGCCGGUUCAUCCUAUACUUCACCCUUCUGAUAACGCUAGAGAAAUAACGUCUGACUCUGCGGAUGCCUGUAGCUGGAGCAGCGGGACACCAAGCAGCAUCGAUUCCACGGAUGUUCCCGAGCCACUUCUUGAUGCACAACGAGUGGUGGCCUCAAGUACAUUUAAAUGCGGAUUGUGUAACAGAUACAUCUCGCAGAAGUCUCCUUGGGGAUCACGGUCCAUCAUGAGGAACAGAGACAUGCCUGUCACAGGAGUGCUUCCUUGUCAACACGUCUUUCACGCCGAAUGUCUUGACCAGUCAACUCCAAAGACUCACGGUAAUGACCCGCCUUGUCCGGUAUGCACCAAGCAGGAAGGAGAACACUCCAACAAAUCACACAAUAUUGGCCUGAGGCUUAAACCGCUUUGUGAAGAUGGGACGUCUACAAGACAAUGGGGAUGUGCUCAGGUUGGUGACUGUGUUGAGAGUGCUGUUAAUGUGCCGCCGAGAAACACCAUGCUGAUGAUAAACAGGAACAGGAUAAGGAAGAAUCUCUCGUUGAGAGGAAACUCAAGCAAAGAUUCUCCAAGAAAAAUCAAGAAAAGUAACUCGUUUGCCUUGGAAAAUCAAGUGUCGCUUGUGCAUUCGAGAGGGAAACAGAAAGCAGCUUAAUGGUAGCUGGAGAACGUUUAACCUUUUGACAAGACUGAUCUUGGAAGAUCAUUAAAGGACUGUAAAAUAUUCAUUUUGGGAGAUGUGUAAGCAAAUUUGUUUAGGUCUUUGAUUGUUAUCUAUCAUGUAAUCAGCUAAAUUGAGUAAACCGGUUUGUGAUUCAUUUAACGGUUAAGUUCUUUCAAUAUUUAUUUUCUAAUUACAUGA